AAUUCUAUCAGCGGUUCGACAAGAAUGGACCGGGCACUAAGCGGUAAGGUUGCCAUAGUAACAGGAGCGUCCCGAGGGGUCGGUAAAGGCAUCGCCCUACAACUUGCGGAGGCCGGAGCCACAGUCUACAUUACAGGUCGGACGCUGCUGCCCAAUGGCCGCGGUACUUCACUAACAGACUGUGUGGAGGAGAUAAAGAAAAGAGGAGGGCGCGCCAUUCCUGUGCAGUGUGAUCACGAGAAAGACGAUGAGGUCAAAGACCUGUUUGACAGGGUGGCGAGGGAACAACAUGGGCGCCUGGACAUCCUCGUGAACAACGCGUACAGCGCAUCGCCGGAUUGCAUAGAUCAUAUCAAGGAGCCGAAGAGUUUUUGGGACCCUGAGCCUUUGGAGACUUGGAACCAUGCCAGCAACCUAGGGAUAAGAGGUGUUUACAUCUGCGCUGUCCACGCUGCCCGGCUGAUGGUACCGGCUCGGAAGGGGCUCAUCGUCAACAUUUCCUCGGAGGGAGGGCUCACGUAUUGCUUCAACUCGUGGUACUCUAUCGGCAAGGCGGCCGCGGACCGUAUAGCAUCGGACUGUGCGGUAGAGCUGAGAGAGCAUAACGUGGCUUUCCUGUCCCUGUGGCCUGGCGCUACGCGCACAGAAAUCUUCAUGGAGUGGGCGGAAAACUGUCAGCCUGCAAAUUUUCUUCAGUCAGCGGAAAAGGAAAGAUAUAUGUUGAACUCAGAGAGCCCCGAGUUCCCCGGGAAAUGUAUCGUCCAUCUUGGCAUAGGUAAGCUCACGUGUUCAGAAACUAUACAAUCAUUCGUGUACUUAUUUAGUUGUCGGUUGAUUCUUGUAUAUAUAAAUGUUGCUCUAUCAAGCUCUGUGGAUGGCUGGUCAAAUAGAAAUUGA